GUUAUGUAUUCCAUUCAAACAUUUAUCUAUUAAAAGCGUACUUUGUACUUUAAUAAUUAAAGUUUUAAUAGUGAAAUACCUCAAUUUAAUAAUAAACAAAUAAAUCAGUUACUUUUUAAUACAACAAUAUGGCUUUAAGAAAUUUAAUUCGGGCUUGCACUCAUGGAUAUGGUAAAAGAUAUUUAAGUAAUGAAGUUAAAUUACUGUCUGUUAGUGUAAACGACAAAACUGGUGUUGCGACAGUAGAAAUGCAACGACCACCUGUUAAUAGCUUAAAUUUGGAUUUGAUUAAUGAAAUAUCGGCUACUUUAACCGAUCUUGAAAAUAACAAUUCGAGAGGAUUAAUUUUAACAUCAAAGAAAGAUGGUGUAUUCAGCGCUGGCUUAGAUAUAUUAGAAAUGUAUAAACCAGAACAAGAACGAUUAAAAGCUUUUUGGAUUUCUCUUCAAGACACGUGGUUAAAACUAUAUGGAAGUUCUUAUCCGACAGUAGCUUUAAUUAACGGCCAUUCACCAGCUGGCGGGUGUCUUCUAUCGCUGUGUUGUGAAUAUAGAAUCAUGCUCAAGAAUUACACAAUCGGAUUGAACGAAACACAGCUCGGUAUUGUAGCUCCCAAGUGGUUCAUAAGAUCAAUGGUUAAUGUAAUUGGUUUACGUCAAGCUGAAUUAGGUCUUACGCAAGGUUAUAUGUUUAGUACUGAUGAAGCUUUGAAAAUCGGUAUGAUAGAUGUAAUCGUCGAUAAUAAGGAGGGUGGUUUAAUUGAAGCAGAUGCUUACUUACAAAGAUUUGCGAAAAUCCUCCCUGGUCCUAGGUCACUUACAAAAACUUAUAUCAGGGAGGAAUCGAUUAAAUUCAUGGAAGAUAUUCGUGAAGAUGAUUUAGAAAGGUUUUUAUUGUACACUAAUCAGCCUGCAGUUCAAGCUGGACUUGGGAAAUAUAUUGAGAGUUUGAAGAAGAGAUCGUCGAAAAAUUGAAGAUAAUUUUGAUCAAAAUAUAUUGAAAACUGUGUAUUUUGCAUAUAUUACUUUGUGUUGGAAUUUUAUAUUUAAUAAAUAAUUUGAUACUAA